AUGUUUGAAAAGAUUGGCUCUAAACUCACUUAUAGGACAUUUGUUGGAAGUUCGAGUAACAAAAGUGAAGCUUGUGAAUUAUGCUAAUAAACUUUUGAUUGGAAACACAAAUAACAUUAAUGCAAACGGUGUUAGAGGUAUGUCUGCUAUAAUUGUGGCCCUGAUAAGGCGAUCAUUCCAUCUCACGAUUUAAAAACUCCUCAUAGAAUUUGUAAAAAUUGCAAAGAUGAUUCCAAACAUUAAGCCUAGUAGAUGGAAGUGGAAAAAUGCAAGUUUGGCUAAUUAUCUGGAAUAGGAAAAAGGUGGGCUUCUUUGGCUCAGGGAGAUGAUGUUGUAAUUGAGAAAGUGUAAGAGGAAUAUUAAAAUUCAUUAUCUAAAAUUUUGAAAAAUGCUAGUAAUGAAACAAAAAAUUAAAUUUAAACCAAUCUAUAGAGAUAUUUUAAGGAGAAUAAAAAAAAUUUAAAUUAUUCUUUAUAUGAAUGGAAUCAUAAGAUGUGUGUAGGAGAAUCGGAAAGUUCCAUAUUAUUAAAAAUAUCAAAUGUUUUGCAUUGUUUUUUUAAAUCUAACCCUGUAAGAUUAACAAGAAAUCUUGUCUUUAUAACCACAUAUAUCUUGUAUUUUUGUGAUGAAGCCAUUUGCUUGGCAUUAUUAUUGUUUUUACACUAAAAAGUACUCCCUUAAAGGUUUCAAUAUCACAAAUUAGAUGCAGAAGAAAACAAACCAAUUGAUUAGGAGGUUACAUUUCUAAUGGACUGUAUAAGGGACUAAUCAAACUCUUAAAUUGAUUCUCUGACUAAGUCAAAAAUAAAAGUAUUUUUAGAUACGCAUUCAUCUGAUAUUCUAACAACUCUUAUGUUUAAUUAUAUAGAAUUUUAUGUUGGCUAUUUUCUCUUUAAUCAACUACUCAUCAAUAAAGAUUUUUCCAUUUAUGAGAAAUUCUUAGCCAAUAUCUGCUUGGAAUUAUAAAAGAGUUUUGCAGAUGCAUAAAUCGAUGAAAUACCAAUCCACAUUAUGAAGCAUAUUUAAUUGGAGUAAUUGACAACUUUCUUAUAAUUCGAAGACCAACAGAAAAGAAAGCAUAGAACUAGUUUAACAAGUAAAGAAUAAUUAAGUCAAUAAUAAUAAAUAUUUAUAUAAUAAAAAUAAUAGGAUUAAAAAGAAUAAUAACAAUAACCAAGAUAAUCAUUGAACAAUAGUUCAUUAGAAUGUGUAUUGGAUUCAUUUAUUGGACUUGUAAAGGAUAAUUCUAAUUCCAAGAUUGAGUCUGUGAUAUAAAAUGAAAAGUAUGAUGUCAAUAAGAAUUAAAUUAAGGAGUUAUAUUAAGCAAUUAAAAAGCAAAAGGAGGAGCUAUUGAACUUGAGAAAUUCAAUAGCUUAUGCAAAAUAAGAUAAUGAUGUGGAAUCUGAAACUUAUAAUUCAAGAAUCUCAAGAAGCUCUAUAAAAUCAGAUAAUGCUGAUAAAUAAAUGAUCUAAUUAUAAGAAAAGAACAAUUUGAUUAUCGAAUUGGAAGAAAAAGUAUAAUAAUAAUAGUAAUUAAUCCAAAGAUACAUUGAUCAGCAAUAAUAGUUGGAAAUGGAUAAUUAAUUCACUGUAAGUAAUUUGAAAGCUCAACUAAAAAGUUAAUAGAAUAGUUAAUUGCUUAAUUAAUAAUUAGAGGAAAAGUAAGAAAUCAGCUAGAGAAAUUUUGAAUAGAAGGAAGAAAAUUACAGAAAUGAAAUUUCUAAAUUGCAAUCUGACAUUAGCAAUUUAAAAUUUGAAAUCAACAAUUUGUAAAUUCAAUUAUAAUAAACUUUAAAAAACAAAACGGAAUUCGAAAGCUAAUUAAAAGAGAAAAUAAGUAGUGACUAUGAAUAAGAAAUAUUUAGAUUAACAGAAGAAAGAGUUUCAUUAUUAAAAAAAACAUCUAUGUUAUAACAGUAAAAUUCAUCUAUGAGUAUUAAAUUGGAAGAAAAAGAUUAAGAAACAUUAGAAUUAAAGUAAUAGCUUGCUGAAUUAAAAAAAAAUGCUGAGGAAAUGAGUUUAUUAUGUGCAAGAAAAAAUGAGUAAACAGAGAAAUUAAACAAACACAUUGAUGAUCUAAACGUACAAAUUUUGGGUUUGAAAAGAAAAGAUUUUGAUUAAAAUUUUAAUUAAACUCAAGUUUAACCCAAUGUUAUAAAAGAAUUCUAAGAAAACAAUAUACAAAUUAGAAAUAAUCUACUAUAGAAAGAGAAAGAAUUAUUUAAUUUAAAAUAGAAGUUUGUAGAAGUUAAUCAAUUAAAGAUCGAAUACUUUGAUUAGAUGUAGAAUUACGAAAGAAUAAACAAAGAAAUCAAUCAAGCCCUAAAAUAAUAUGAGGGGAAGGAAAUACAUUAAUUAAAGUCUUUUUAUGAAGAAAAAAUCUCAUUAUUAGAAUAAACUCAUGAAGAGUAGAUGAAUAGGUUAUUAUCAUAAUUUUAACAAAAUCCUCCAAAGGAGUAGGAGUAAAAAAGUACAACUUAGCAAUAAGUAUUCAGGGAAAGUUAGCCAUUACAAGAAAAGCAAAUAAUUGAUGAGCAACCUGAAAAUUAAAGUAUUGGAUAAACUGAUGAUUGCACAAUAUUCUGA